AGCGCUUCAUGACUGUCUUCGGUUCGGAAUUCCACUUGGAACGCCGUGAGGCAGCAUCGUAGUCGGCGCUCCAGCCCCGCACUCGCAGCUCCAGGGCCCCAAGAACGACGCCCCUCCCAGGGCGCCGCGCACCGCGUCUCCGGCUAAGAGCCCUACUCCGCCCCAGAGAUUGACAGCAGCGCGGCGCAGGGUGCUGCGGCCAAGUCGGAGGUGCGCAGGCGCACUAGCUCAACGCUGAGCCCAGUUAGGCCCGAAGGGCGGGGCCAGCACGAGGGCUCCGGGCCGCGGCGGCGCGCACGUAGACACGUAGAGCCCGUCACGUGGUGAGCGGAGGAUCGCAGUGCGCGUGGCCGCGGCGGCUGGUGUGGGGUUGAGUCAGUUGUGACACCCGGAGCUGCUGACCCGACAGGCGGCCCUCCGGACCUGCGGCCCGGCAGUAGGCUCUGAGCUUCGGGAAUCGUGAGCCUGGCCCCGUCCUAGAGCUCCGCGGAGCCGGCCCCGACACCGUCCCUCGCCCCCGCCAGCGAACCGCCGCCGCGGGCGCGCCCCCGCUCUGCGCUGUCUCCUAUGGCGUCCGCCUCCGGGGCCAUGGCGAAGCACGAGCAGAUCCUGGUCCUCGACCCUCCUUCAGACCUCAAAUUCAAAGGCCCCUUCACAGAUGUAGUCACUACAAAUCUUAAAUUGCAAAAUCCAUCGGACAGAAAAGUGUGUUUCAAAGUGAAGACUACAGCACCUCGCCGGUACUGUGUGCGGCCCAACAGUGGGAUUAUUGACCCCGGGUCAAUUGUGACUGUUUCAGUAAUGCUACAGCCCUUUGACUAUGAUCCAAAUGAAAAGAGUAAACAUAAGUUCAUGGUACAGACAAUUUUUGCUCCACCAAACAUUUCAGAUAUGGAAGCUGUGUGGAAAGAGGCAAAACCUGAUGAAUUAAUGGAUUCUAAAUUGAGAUGUGUAUUUGAAAUGCCGAAUGAAAAUGAUAAGCUGGGUAAAACUCCACCAGGGAUUGCUUCAACUGCCACUUCAAUGAGCAGCAUCAGCAAUACAGUUGCAACACCUGCCAGUUAUCACAUGAAGAAUGAUCCCAGGGAACUAAAAGAGAAUGAUAUGGAACCUAGCAAAGCUGUUCCACUGAAUGCAUCCAAACAAGAUGGACCCUUGCCAAAACCACAUAGUGUUUCGCUCAAUGAUACCGAAACAAGGAAACUGAUGGAAGAGUGCAAGCGACUUCAGGGAGAAAUGAUGAAGCUCUCAGAAGAAAACCGACACCUGAGAGAUGAAGGCCUAAGGCUCAGAAAGGUAGCACAUUCGGAUAAACCUGGAUCCACUUCAGCCGUGUCCUUCAGAGAUAAUGUCACCAGUCCUCUUCCUUCUCUUCUGGUUGUAAUUGCAGCCAUUUUCAUUGGAUUCUUUCUAGGGAAAUUCAUCUUGUAGAGUGAAGCAUGCAGAGUGCUGUUUCUUUUUUUUCCUCUCGACCAGAAAAAGAUUUGUUUACCUACCAUUUCAUUGGUAGUAUGGCCCGUGGUGACCAUGGCCCACGGUGACCAUUUUUUUGUGUGUACAGCGUCAUAUAGGCUUUGCCUUUAAUGAUCUCUUACGGUUAGAAAACACAAUAAAAACAAACUGUUCGGCUACUGGACAAAUUGUACAUUAUCAGAUCAUCACUAGCAGAUGUCAGUUGCACAUUCAGUCCUUUAUGAAAUUCAUAAAUAAAGAAUUGUUCUUUCUUUGUGGUUUUAAUAAGAGUUCAAGAAUUGUUCAGUCUUGUAAAUGUUAUUUUAAUAAUCCCUUUAAAUUUUAUCUGUUGCUGUUACCUCUUGAAAUAUGAUUUAUUUAGAUUGCUAAUCCCACUCAUUCAGGAAAUGCCAAGAGGUUUUCUGUGGGGGAAAUGGUGCCUCUUACUGUGUAAAUUUUCUCCUUUACCUUUGCUAAUAUCAUGGCAGAAUUUUUUCUUAUCCCUUGUGAGGCAGUUUGUUGACUGAGUUUUUCAUCCUUACAAUCCUGUCCCAUGGUAUUUAACAUAAAAAAAAAAAAUAAAACUGUUAACAGAUUCUUGCUCGAUA